AUGGGGGAGGGUGGGGCAUUGCCUGUUGGGUUGGUGCACAAUACUGAGGCAGCACCAUUCUCCGAGGUUUGCGGGAUAAUCCAGCGACUUUCAGAUCCUCACGCCUCCAGUACUGAAAAGACCGAGUACUGCAUUUCCUUUCUUGAGCGUCUUGCGCCAGAUUGCGACCCUUUCCCGCUCUUGCGACUCCUUCUUCCUCACAGAGACAGGAGGCGUCCUCCUCUAAAGCUACGUCUGGCUACCCUGAUCGGGGUAUAUGUGGAAGUAUUUGCGUUGCCACCAGCUGUAGGUGCGUUGCUACAGUCGUACCGAGACCCAGAAGCAGCAGCAACAAUUCGGGAUGGAGCAUACCUUGGGGCCUGCAGCUCUACAGGAUCCUUUGCUGCUGCUGGAUCAGCAAAGCCAGGAGACUUUCCCAGCUGCCUCUCAGCUGUGCUAAAGCAACGGAUCGGGAACCGGGUCUCUUCAGUUACUGUGGGGGAAGUAAACAAAUACUUAGAUCUACUGCAUGGGGCGGUCUCCUUGCAGGAGAAGACCAUGCACUUGGGAUGUCUAGUCAGGCAGCUGGGACCUGAGGAGAAUGCCUGUCUUAUUGGAAUUAUCACCAAAAACCUGAAGCUGGGGGCGGCAGAAAAUAGGCUUCUGCUUCCACUCGACAGGGACGCCAAACUGUUGCUAGCUAGGAUAUCAGACCUCAAGGUCAGCAUCUGUGGGGUAUACAGGAAGGGAGUUCGGUGCAUUCCGCGACUACACAGAGCAUUAGAACAAGCGAUGGCUUUGACUCAAAAGGAGAAACAUCAGGGAGAGACGGGGUGCCUUCCUGAUCUCUGCAGCGUGCUGCUGCAGUCGCUGCUUGGCCACAGUUGCAUUUUAGACGGAGAGAUCUUCGCCUACGAUGCAGAACACAAGCGACCACUUCCUCUCAAAGCGAUACGGGGGGUGGCCGCGGCGGAGACGGCUCAUCAUUUUUUGGUCUACAUGGUAUUCGAUAUUUUGUCGUAUAGUAGCCGAGACGGCACAGGGGUGCAUAGGCACUCGCUGCUGCACAUGCGUCUCUCUGACCGGAAAGCUCUUCUUCAGACGGUCCUCAAGCCACAUCCUCCACGUCUUCAGCUUGCACCUUUCUCUGUCGCUACCAAUUCCCAACAGAUUUUGAGCAGAUUGAAGGAAGUGGUCCAUGGGGGUGGCGAGGGCCUCAUGCUGAAAGCCCCCUUCUCAUUCUACGCAUUAGAUUCACGACAGGAUGGAUGGUUCAAGCUGAAACCGUUAUUUGGCCAAAUUGGAGACAGUUUGGAUCUCAUUGCUAUAGGGGCGUUUUAUGCUUCAACAUCGACAGGGAGAAAUCUCGUAAGCAGUUCAAACGGCAGCACCAGCGAGCAUGCCACUGUAGGGCAGAAAGGUCCUCAGCUUUUGCAGGGUGCGCUUAUCCUCACUUUUACGAUUGUUGCUGCCGUUGUGCAUGGUUUGACCGGUGAUGCCGUUGGUUUCGCUACUGUGGCUUGUUUGUGCGGCAUGGCCUGUAUCGGUGAAGUUGGAGGCCUCAGUGCUUUGCAGCUCCUUCAGUUGAGGGGCCAUCUGGGUCCUCAUGCUGUUCGCAAGUCCCCAGGCGAAACACUUGAAAACACCGCCCCUUGGUUAUCGUCGAAAUGCAAAUCCUCCACAAGGGUGGAUGUGACGUGGCCUCCCAACGUAAGCUGGGUGGUCUCAGUCGGAGGAUCCGAAUUUUUGCCAUCUUCAGAUUUUGAUGUCGGUUUUACACUCCGCUUUCCACUUUUGAUUGAGGCACCAAGAAAGGAUAAAACGCCACAAGAUGCCAUAACGCUGCAGCAGCUGCAAGUACAGCAAGCCUCCCUGCAGGUUCCAUCGCCUCGAGAGACCUUGGUCGUGCGCGUUGCUACUGCUUCUCGCGAUGAGAAAGAACAGCAGCAGCUGCCGCCUGAACGUCGCCAGCACCGGGACCUGAUCGCACUGCCACAACGCUCAGCAAAAGCAAUGCAUGUGAAUGCCGGAGAAGCAAUCUCUCACGGAUCUUCGCCAAAGAACUCACCCAAAAGUAGCGGCUCUACCAGCACCAACGAAGCGUUUCAUCUUGUUUCAUCAGUAUCGCUGGAUCAAAGCGCUACUCGCCGGCGGUACGGUGCAGCAAGACGAGGGGGAGUAUCGAUUUGGGGUUCUUCAUACCGUCUGGUAUCCCACAUGCUACCUGUUCGGACGACGCCAGCCAUAUCCCUCGCUACGGGUGCUUUGCCGCUGAGUGGUGUUGAGCUUUGGAUCAUACAUGGAGACAGAAUGCACCAGAAAGAGAGACUGGAGAGGAUUGCUCUCUCUCUGGGUGCCUCCUUACGCCAGUCACCCUGUGCCAGUCUUUUUGCUGCUAUUGCUGCUACUGCAAGCUUCCGUACCUCGGCAGUAUCAAAAGCUUUCCCAGAAAUCCCCGUGUUGCAUCUGGAGUGGCUGCUCGCUUGCCAGCGGCAGCAACAGAAAGUGCUGCUGCUCCCGCGUUUCGUGUUGUAUGCCCCCAUGAAGGUCUUGAAUCAUUUGAAGGAGGAGUACGACAAGUACGGAGACGGGUUCUUUCUUGAUACUACACCAGAUGAAGUGCGACACUCCCUAGAAACAGCUGCAGCAGCUGCUGCUGCGGAAGUCCCUGCUGCUGCCAAUGGCAGCAGCACACCCGACAAACUCGCGACUACGACGAGUGCUUUUACUAUUGACACUUCGUCCUUAAUGAAGGAGCAUGAGCAGGGGCAGCAGCAACCAGCUGAUAAUGGUUCUUCUGAUCCUGUAGCAGAUGGGAGAGGUUCUCCAUCUGGAGGAAGUAGUGGCUAUUCUCGCACAUGGAGGGCAGUCACUGCAGCGGCAGCGGCCAUAGAAGAAAUAAGCCCAAUUACAGAGCGUACACCUCUGAUGCAGUCAGCACCAAUAACAGCAGAGUCACUAACUUUUGUUGCAGAGGGGCAGACCAGAAAGUGUUUCAGCAGUAGCAGGGUAAGCCCCGAGAUCCGCCUAACAGCAGCAGAAACUCAACUAGCAGCUUCACUGGAGGAAAGAAAUAGCCUCAGCAGAACUAAAAGAUGUCUUCUAGAAGCCGUUGCAGAUCUGCAUGAGUCUGCAUCAGCCGCCCUUUCCUUGUGGGGCACCGAAUAUUUCUUCGAUGAGGGAGAAACACCAUCACCAGAAGCAGCGGCAGACUACAGCUUGGCUGCUACGGUUACUGUAACGCCUGUCUCACCGAGCAUCUGGACUGACCAAGCCGCUUCCACCUCCGAAGUGUCUCGUUUGAUGCUGCGGCAAAGAGCCAUCAAGGUAGACGCAGAACCCCGAAAAUUGAAAGAGGGAUUGCCGAAUCUCCCAAAUCAUGGACGCAAAGAGAAGCAUCGUAAUGGAGCAGCGGGGUCAUCAACUGAACUUGUUUCGUGGACAAGGCUGAGUGACCAAAUACACGAGACUAUGACUGCACUUGCUGCCUUUGGAUCUCACGCUAAUACAGGUGCUGAUGCACAUGCAGUGUGCAACUUUUCACCUUAA